AUGGCAGGUCCUCCAGCAGCUAAACAUUACAUGGGAUGGUGGGGUGCUAUCGGUGGCCCCAAACAAAAGUACGUCAACCAGUACACAGUAACCCCUUACGCUACCAGACCUUUGAAGGGUAACUUACACAAAGCAUUUUUCAACACCUUCAGAAGAGUUAAAAACCAAGCUCUCUUCGUGAUCAUCCCAUUUUCCAUCGUCUGGAGCAUCUGGGCCCAAGCCAGAGACUACAACGAAUUCUUGUACACCAAGGCCGGAAAGGAAGAGUUGGAUAGAGUCAAUGUUUAA